GCCCCAUGCCCCACCCCGCGGGGACAGGCAGGGCAACAGAGGGAGAGGUUGAAGAUUAGAGGGAGCCCAGCCGUUUGCUUUUUCGUCGUGGUGGGGGGAUGGGUGCACCCCACUUGUCACCCCUGUCUUCAGCAGCACCAUAUGGAAGAAGAGCAGUCUGAUAGCUUUUCCCCCCACCUCCCUCCCUCGCUUAUGUUUUUCCUUCAGUUUCUCCCAGAGGUUUGGGACUGGGACCUGGGGGGGAAUGCCCCCAGGGAAUUUAUGACUUUCUUUUCCCCUGGCCUGACUCGAUCCUAGGUUGUCCAGGUUUCAGCACAACCUCAGUCUCCCUGAAACACAAGUGUCAGGGGUUCCUUCCAUCCAAUAGGCGUUGGGGGGUGUCUAGUCGUUAUCUUAGGGGGCUUGUGGUGGAGCGAGACCCUGGGUUGAGAGUUGGGCCUGGUGGGGUUGCUGGGAGGGCCGAGCGGCCUGCUGCUCAGUGAAGGGCUGAGCCUUGUGCCAGUAAUGUGAAGCUGAGAAGUUUUAACUUGUUUAGUCCAUGUUGAGGGCUGUCUACCCUUCAGAUACACAAAAUGGAAGGGGAAGGAAGGCCGCCAGAGAGACCUUCUCACACUUUUUUUUUUUAAUGUCUGCUUGAGAACGAGGAGACCCCUUGCAGAGCUGGUUUGCCUUCUUUUGUGUCCUGGUUUGAUUCCUUAUGGCUUCCGUUCUGUUCCCCCUCUCAGCCUGGCCUGUUUUAGGAAACUCGGGCUGAGAGUAUCAGUUGCGUGGUGGUAGUUGCAUUGUUCCAAUUACCGCUGUGUGUGGCCACAUCCCAACAAUUAAAAUGCAGAAAAAUAGAAAAUCACUCUCUUCAGCUGCUCCUAGAGAGGCCUGGGAGUUUACUGUUGGUCCAAAUGCCUCAUGAAAAGCUUGAAAGUUUUUUCACUCCCUGCUCCUCAUGGCUGGUCAGCCUGGGGUCUCGAGGGUAAAAGUCUCCACUUAGCUUCCCUUGUUGAUUUUUGAGGGCAGAGUUAAGAAAAUAGGAGCAGAAGAGAGUCCAGCUUUACCUUCUCCCACCAGAACGCAGGGAAGCAGCCGAGGGGAGGUCUCAGGAAGCUGGAACUUUGUUCGCCUUGGUAGUAAUAAUUAUGCAUGGAAAUGAUAGUUAACUGUAGUGAUGAUUGACUGCUGCACCUUUCUUCCCAAGAACUCCAAAUACAUCCUAGGGUACUUUGCUCUUCUUUGUUGCCUUCCUCGGAGACGAUACCCCCCCUUUUUUUGUAAGGGGGUGGUCUCCCCCUACCCCACCCCAGGUCAUAGGAGGAAGAGACCAAGCCCUUAGGCUCUUCCUUGAUGAGCAAGUGAGGGAGGAUGGUGUCUAGCCAGAGAUAGACCCUAUUGCCUUCUUCAUCUGAAUGAUAUCACCACUUCGGGCAUGCCAAGGCUUUGAGAACCUAUGUGAACUCCUACUUUUUUUAUAGGCCAGUUGGUAAGGAAUUGUUCAGUUUGGUAGUUCAUGUAGCCUUGUUCUGGUAUAGAAUAAGAUUUUAUACCCAUUUUACAUGGAAGCAGGAAUGUUAUGUGGUUAGCCAAAACUGACUGAGCAUAUUGAAUUAAGACUUGGUGGUGGCAGCUUUCUCUUUUUGUUUUUAGGCAGGGUUGUAGCCCAGGCUGGCCUUAUGAGCUCUUGUGUUCCUUCUUGCACCUCCCAGGUGCUGGGAUACCAGGUGUGUGCUCAGGACUUGGAUUUCUUGGUUGGUUCUUCUCUGUACUAGUUAAUGCUCCACGGCCUCGGGUCUGCCUGUUGGUCAUUUAUGGGAAGAGGUAAAAGAAAAGACAUUGUUGACCUCCCUCCUCUGAGCAAGCCAAAGGCCCCUCAGACUCAGCAGGCAUGACUGGAGAGGGAAGUCCCAAUGGUGCUAGAAUGGUGCUUCAGUGGCAGAAGACGGCUCACGAGUGAGAUCCGGAAGAACGACAGGGAAGACAUCCGUCAUUUGCUCCGAAGUGUGCAAGUCAAAUCCUGGGCAAAACAUGAUAACCCUGAUCACUGAGCAGCUACAGAAGCAGACUCUGGAUGAGCUGAAAUGCACACGCUUCAGCAUCAGUCUGCCUUUGCCUGAUCAUGCAGACAUAUCCAACUGUGGGAACCCUUUCCAGCUUGUGUCUGAAGGUGCUUCCUGGAGGGGCCUGCCCCACUGUUCCUGUGCUGAGUUCCAGGACAGCCUCAACUUCAGCUACCACCCCUCAGGCCUGAGCCUGCACCUCAGACCACCCAGUCGGGGAAACUCCCCACAGGAGCAGCCCCUCCCCCAAGUCCUAAGCCCUGAACCCCCAGACCCAGAGAAGCUUCCUGUGCCCCCUGCUCCUCCAUCCAAGAGGCACUGCCGCUCCCUCUCGGUGCCUGUGGACCUGUCUCGCUGGCAGCCGGUGUGGCGGCCCGCCCCCUCCAAGCUGUGGACUCCCAUCAAGCACCGGGGCAGUGCUGGAGGGGGUGGGCCGCAGGUGCCUCACCAGAGCCCCCCGAAGCGGGUCUCCAGCCUCAGGUUCCUCCAAGCUCCCAGUGCCUCUUCUCAGUGUGCCCCAGCCCACAGACCCUACAGCCCUCCUUUCUUCAGCCUGGCCCUGGCCCAAGAGUCCGCUCAGCCCUGCGCCACCUCCCCGCAGAAUGGUUCUUGGGAGAGCGAUGCUGAGUCCCUGUCACCCUGCCCACCCCAGCGCCGUUUCUCCCUGUCCCCCAGCCUGGGCCCACAGGCCAGCCGCUUCCUGCCCUCUGCCCGGAGCUCCCCUGCGUCUUCCCCGGAGCUGCCCUGGAGACCUCGAGGUCUCCGCAGCCUCCCCCGAAGCCGCUCACAGCCUUGUGACCUGGAUGCCCGCAAAACUGGGGUCAAGCGGCGUCACGAAGAGGACUCCCGGCGCCUGCGGCCUUCCCUGGACUUCGACAAGAUGAAUCAGAAACCAUACUCAGGAGGAGGUCUCUGUCUCCAAGAAACAGCUCGGGAAGACAGCAGCGCCUCUCCACCGUGGUUCAUGGCCUGGAGCCCCCCACCUCUCUCUGCUUCCUGCAGUCCUGUUGAGGGCUCGUCCCACGCGCAGAGUGAAAGCGAGGAGGAAGAAGAGGGGGCAGUGCGGUGGGGUCGGCAGGCACGACACAAGCGGACACUGUGCCAGCAGGACUUUGGGGACCUGGACCUGAACCUGAUUGAGGAAAACUAAAACGGAGAGGCUGCUUCCUGGGGCCACACAGACUGACUGUCUAAUGGCUACUAACCCGUGUGAAGGCCCCAAGGCUGAGGGCCCAGCCUGGGAAAGGGGGUGAGUGGAGGGCUCUGACUCAGGGCAGCCCGAGUCUUCUCGCUCCAGCAAGCUCGACCAUGCCAAGAGACUGGCCGGGACAAGAUAAACGGAGCUGGUGGCGGGGGGACAGCCCCCGAGCAGACCCUCCCCAUGGCGGCCCUGAGUGUGAGUAUCCCUGCCGCUGAGAGCACUGGGCAGGGUAGGAGGGGUCUCCUGACCCCAGCUCGGGGAAUUUCACUAGCCCCUUUGCUUCAAAGGGCACUUGUGUCUUAGAAUUUGGCCAGGGUGGGGGCGUUCAGUCAGCCGCCUCGGAGAAAUUGUGUGAGUGCGUGUGUGUGCAUGGGCGUGUACUUGAGGAAAGGUGUGUUUGUGUCGCCUUAGGGAAGGAAGGCAGUUGCUCCUUUAACAGCAGAGCAUCAGGAUGCCCCCAGAAUCUUGACUUGCUUCUUUCUUUCUCUCUUUUAAUAUGACGUUGGGCUUGUUCAAGGUGUCAAGAGUAGAGGGGCUCUGUUUUUUUUUUUUUUUUUUGGUCUUAAUCGCUCUGGAGCCAGGCUUUUAAGUUCAUAGCAUUACUUGCUCUGCAGACGGCUCUGUUUUGGGGUCUAAGUCCAGUGACCUCAGCUAAUGGUCUUUUCCUCAGUCCUGCCCUCUCCCACUAGAUAAAUCUAGGACGGAGGGCUUGUAGGAAGGUCGCAUUCAUUGUGUUCAUCAGAUUAUCUAAGCUGUACACAGCCUGCCUCCCUUGUUCUCUGAGUAGGUGCAAGCAAGGGCAGUUGAGGCCGAACUGAGGAGUUCUCUCUUUCCUUCACCAAGGGGACCCUCUCAUGUUCUGAUCUUUCAAGUCAGAGGCAGAGUUGGUGCCCAGAAUAUGUUGAGGCAGACCAGUAGCAGGAGCACUGACAUUUAGUCCCCAGAAAUCCUGGAUCCCCACCCCAGCACCGCCUUUGGAAGCUGGCUGUAGGGAAACUUCUUGCAAGAUCUAGGCCCAGUCUCCUUCUGAUCUUCGAGCAAGAGGAAGGGUGCUGAGCGUUUCAUAGUUUGCUUGUCUUCCACUCUUGCCAGGAAAUGUUUAUUUGCCUCUAAUUGGUCCUGCGAGACCACGGAGAGGCUGGGGUGCACCGAGGGAUUGGCUGGGGAUGCGUGAGGCGAAGGCCCUGAGAAGCAGCUGGGAGUUUGUUGUUGUUGGAUUGGAUUUCCUUUUUUGUUUCUUACCCACAACUGCAGCCGGUGCAGCGGGUCCCAGUGGCCACAGUCAUGGACUUAAGACUGCAGAUACCCUGGUAGGGUUGGCACCAGGAGGCAUGCAUAGAGAAGCUGCUACUGUUGCAGUCUGCGAGGCUUUGUUUAGAACACCCUGCAUAAUGCAUUUGGACCUGCCCUUCCCGUUUAUCAUAGUAAGGGCAUUUUUCUGUUCCAUUUCAAGGGUGUCUUCAGGGGAGGUAGCCAUGUCUUCUUGAGCCUGUGGCCCUCUGGUUCUACUUUUCCAGGGCUCCUCCCUUUCUCCUGGCUAGUUACCACAUAUUACCACUGGGCUACCAGUCUCUAAGGGCCUAAGAGAGGCUCUCUCGAGAAUCCAGGGAAACUGAGCCCAGGAGUUUUACCCAUCCUUGGUUUCAUCCUUCCCCGGUUCUCCCUCUCUGGUCCAUAAUUUCCCUGGUGCCAGCUUCUUUUCCACCUGGGGCAUCCUCAUCCUUGGGCUCUGCUGCAGAUGGCAGUGUCAGCCUCCGGUAGGUGACUGGCAGUGCCAGUGGGGUCUCUGCAAGGCCCUACUACAUUUAAGUGAUGGUAACGGUUCUGCCUCCAUCCUGGCUUCCCCAAGCCCUUAGGUCACCGCCCUUAGGGAAGGAGGCCUGCAGUUGUCAUAUUUUGAUUCCACUCCUUUAAGUCUGGAAUGUUAAACUAGGCAGAACUAUCAUCUUGCUUCCCAGUUCAAAUGCCUCUGGCCCUGGAACAAGCCUUUUCAAGACGUGAAUCAUUUUGCUUUACACAAUAGAUCUGUUCCAACAGUUCUGUGUAAACCAAAGGCUGUUUUUUAAUGCAUUUGGACUGCUGGCCAUUUAAAAGCAGCCUAGGAUUGCUUCCUUGGUAAAGUGAGCAACCUCCCUCUACGUUAGCCGGUUUCAUUAUCCGGGUUCUCACCCUUGGGCUUCCCCAGAGUGGAGCACACCUCCGGGGCUGUGGCUGAGGCUGUGGUGAUGUCUGCAUCUGUGCUGCGUGUGUGGUGUGGCUGGCCAGUAGGUGAGUAGUACUGCGUGUGUGAGGGAAGCCGCUCCCAGGCUGACGCGCUCCUCCUGUGCCCGGUGACUGCCCACUGGCAGCCCUCGCUGCCCUUCAUCCCACCUGCUGCCAAAGUCCCUGUGCUAAUGGGAUUACAGAAACAAAAAGUGGACAACAUUUUUCGUAAACUUUGUUUUAUAUUAAAAAAUCCAUAAGUCUGUGUGUGUUAAAACAUGAGGUUCUGCCUCUGUGGCUGUGUUUGAAAAAAUAAAGUUUUAUUAGAAUAAUCCAUUUUCCCAAGCAA